GUCGCCUCCUACCCCUGGCAGAUAAGCCCCGAUCCCCGGUUCUAGAAACACACCUAGACCUCACAACGCCGAUCGAGCUCGCCAAGCAUCGCCGCGCGCGCGCACACCUCGCCUCUGCGGCUCUGCCAUCGCUGCUCUCGCGACAACUAACGCGGCCAUCAGAGAGGUGGUAGCUUCCAUGGCGACCAUAGCCACGAUGACCAUGCUCAAGCCCGCCAGGAUCGUGGCGCGGUCGGCGCCGCCGUCCACCAGCGGCAGCGGCGGCGUCUCGCUGCGCGGCGUGCCGGCGGCAAAGAAGGGCGGCCUGGCGGUGUCGGUCCCUUCCCCGGCCGCGGCGGCGGUGGCGGGCGCCUUCUUCCAGGCGCUGGCGUCGUCGGACGCGGCGGUGGCGGCGCAGCAGCGGGUGGCGGACGUGGCGGCGGCGGCGGACGCGGGCGGCAGCGACAACCGGGGCCAGCUGCUGCUCUUCGUGGUGGCGCCCGCCAUCGGGUGGGUGCUCUACAACAUCCUCCAGCCGGCGCUCAACCAGCUCAAUCGCAUGCGCAGCCAGGCGCUCGUCGCCGGCGCGGGACUCGGCGCGGCCGCCGCCGCGGGGAUGGCGUGCGCGCCCGAGGCCUCCGCGGCGCAGGAGCUCGCCGCGCUGGCCGCCGCCGCCGCGGCCCCCGCCGACGACAACCGGGGCCUGCUGCUGCUCAUCGUCGUCACGCCCGCCAUCGGCUGGGUGCUCUUCAACAUCCUCCAGCCGGCGCUCAACCAGCUCAACCGCAUGCGGUCCGACUGAGCGCGCCGCCGCCGCCGCGCCAUGCGCCGUGCGUUCGUGUAUUAAUUAGUAGUAACGUGAAGCGUGGUCUGCGUGCCUUGUCUUUUGAUCUCCAUUCCUGAACAAAUCAGUACAGAUCUUUCUCUCUCCA